AUGAGGCCAUGGGAAAAAAGAAAAUUGUUGGGGACCUGGGGAAGGCCAUACAGGGUUCUGAUUGGUUUGUUUUGGCCUGCCGGAGACUGGGCUUGGGCGAUGUGUUCUCCACUUGACCGCCACUGCAAACUUGGCGCCGGGCCCGAGAACUUCCGCGGGGAGACGUUUUUGGGGGGUCAAGGUAGUUUGCUGCACAGCUGCAUCGGUCGUUUCUGUUGUGUCAUUGUUACGGAAUGCGCCGUUGGAAGGUUUGAACAGACCACAAUCUGA